AUGUUUCGUCUUGGUAUAGAAAAAGUCGAAAGUGUGGAUUCUGCCCAUUGGAGUGAGGUCCCAACGCAGCCCAAGACACUGGCCGAAGGAAUGGUCGAAGUCCAGGUCCAUGCGGCCGGAGUCAAUUACAAGGACGUGGUUGUGACAAUGGAACUCGUGCCAGGCGACGAGCGAAUGCUGGGCGGUGAAGCUGCUGGUGUUGUGACGAACAUAUCGCCGGAAGUUUCUGACCUGAAGAUUGGUGAUCGGGUGGUCGUCCACGCGCGUGCACUGCCCAUCGUCUACAUGACUACAAUUCACUCCCUCUUUAACCUCAGCAACAUCCAUGCCAGAAGUCGAGUCUUGGUUCACUCUGCCACAGGUGGCGUUGGAAUCGCAGCAGUUCAACUAGCUACAUACGCUGGCGCCGAGGCCUGUAUCUUUGCUACGGUCGGCACAAUCGAAAAGCGGCAGUUCCUCAAGGAAACCUUUGGUCUGACAGAAGACCGAAUAUUCGAUUGCCGCAGUACAAGCUUUGCUGAAGAAAUCAUGACUGCCACUGGCGGUCGCGGAGUUGACGUAAUUCCGAACUCACUCACUGGCGAUAUGCUUGAAAUAUCGUUCCGCACCUUGGCAGAUGGUGGUAUAAUGAUUGAACUAGGCAAGAAAGACAGUGAAUUCACGUUGCAGAAGUUCCUUGCUCGAAACAGCCUGCCCAUGGAGCCUUUUGAUCGAAACAUAUCGUUCAGGGCCGUCGACAUGUCUCAUCAUGCCAAUCCUUCCGCCAGGCUUUUAUCAAAAUUAUUUAAAUUCAUCGAGGGCGGACAUGUGAAACCCAUUAAUCCUAUCCACCCCUUUGGCUUUGAUGAUCUAUCUUCGGUCAUUCGAUUCGUACGAGCAGGCAAGCAUAUUGGUAAAGCUGUACUUUCGUGCAAAUCGAGCGCAAGCAGCAAAGUCUUGGUUCGCAGAGCUCCACCAGUCAUUCGGCUGCGGGCAUAUGGCUGCUACCUGAUUGUGGGCGGCCUUAGAGGACUGUGUGGCUCUCUAGCCAUCCAUUUGGCCAGGGUCGGUGCCGCAAAUCUGACAGUCAUUUCGCGCAGCGGAUACAGCGAUGACAAGUCGCAACGCGUGAUCAAGCACAUCAACGAGCUUGGUGCGAAGAUUGACCUUCUGACAGCGGAUGUAACAGAUCAAGGUCAGGUCAAGCUGGCCUUUGGCCAAACAACGAUGCCUAUUGUUGGAAUUAUCCAAGGUGCCAUGGUGUUACGAGAUCGCCCUUUUGACGCCAUGAACAUUACCGAGUACCGCGAAGCGACGGCGUGCAAAAUUGAAGGAACUUGGAACCUACACCGGGCUGCUGAAGACUUGAACCUUGAUCUCGACUUUUUCACCAUGCUUUCGAGUAUCAGCGGACUUGUGGGAACCAGAGGUCAAGCAAACUACGCGGCGGCGAAUACCUUCAUGGACUCCUUUGCUGCCUACCGUCGGCAUCUAGGUCUGCCCUCUUGCUCCAUCAACCUUGGAAUCAUUGAAGAUGCUGGAUUCCUCGCCGAUCAUGAUGGUUUCAUAGAUAAGCACUGUGACCAGUGCGUAUUCCACAGCAUCAAUGAUCCUUUGCUGUUCAAGAUCAUUGACUUGUCCAUCCUACAACAAAGCCAAGGCUCGCCAGGGACCAUGCCGAUCGCAACACCCAUGAUUACCGGUGUAAGAACACCACAACCUGCAGAUUCGCUCCUAGCCACAGAUGCGCGCAUGGCUGCCUUGUUUACGGACAAGACGGACAAGUCCAUGCAUGAGCGUACAGCAGAUGCUCGCGGCAGCGUGGCCACACGUGCACUCAUGUUGCUUGUCAAGUCCAAGUCAGCUGAGCCGUCAGAUGUGCUAGCAGCAGCAAUUGAGGCAGUCAACCAAGGUUUCAUGAAGAUCCUGCGGCUCUCUGAAACCAUGGAUCCAGAUAGACCGUUUGGUGUUUAUGGAAUUGAUUCCCUGGCUGCAGUGGAGAUACGGAACUGA